AUCCUCUCUUCAUCUUCAGAUGCCUUAGAGCAGCCAUUCUUCACCACCAAUCCAAUCGGCACCACAGUCAUCAACUCCAACCGGCACACCAUCUCAUGCCGGGCCACGGGGACCAUGCCCAUCGACUACGGCUGGGAGAUCAACGACACCGCGAUCUACGCACCGGAGUGGUCGUCGAACUCCUACACCUUCACAACGAUUGGGAAGAGCAACAUCGGGGUGUACAGAUGUGUGGCAAGCAAUGUUGUGGGUACUGUUAUCAGUAGAGGGGCAGAGAUUCAUGUUGCUUAUUUUGAAGCAUACGGCGGUGCCCCACAGACGACAAUGGUCAGUGCGGGCGAUGCAAAGAUACUGACCUGCCCUCCCUAUGACAGUUACCCAAUCCCGACCGUAACCUGGCAGUUUAACGGGACCGACAUCAUAUUGGGUCCAGACCAGCUGGUGACCGCAGACCAGCGACUGGUACUACUCCAAGCCACCAGCCAGCGCCAGGGCUCGUACACCUGUAACGCCAACAACAACGUCUAUGGAUACACGCAGACCAGCCCUAGUGUGAUGCUAACUGUUCAAGGUACCUUCACGCCCCCUGCAUUCAUCGCACCCACUCUCGUCCUCCCACCCAGCAGUACAGUCGUCAGGCCGGGACAGUCCUUUGUACAGAUGGAAUGCAUCAUCAGUGCCCAUCCUUUGAGCUCUCUCCAGAUCUCCUGGCAGAAGGACGGAGAGGGGUUGGACGCCACGGGGGCCAUCUUGAAGAUCUUUAACCCCACCGAGGCCAACGCGGGUACCUACAGGUGCAUCGGUGACCUGGCGGGCUCGGGGAUGCCAGCCGUUGAGGCAUCAGCAAACCUCACCAUGUACAUUGCCCCAACAAUUACUAGCCCGUUGGAGAGGAUAAUCCAGGAGGCUGCAGGCAGCUCCAUCACUCUCCCUUGCAUGGCCACAGGAGUACCCGCCCCUCAGAUCAAGUGGUAUCGUAACGCUGCUGACAUCACAACCAUGGGUAACAGCCGCUUCAGAAUGGAGGAUGACGGUAGCUUGAAACUGAGCAACAUUGAGAAGGCCGACAGCGGUAUGUUCCAGUGCCAGGCCAUCAAUGAUGUGGGAGAACAGAUAGUGGACACUUGGCUACAAGUGCAAGAAAUUGCUCCUGAGAUCACCCUGUCUCCCAAUGACACCACCAUCUUGGAAGGAGAGACGACCUACCUAGAGUGUGCAGCAGAGGGCGCUCCACAUCCCACAAUACAUUGGGAGAAAGAUGGCCAACUGGUCCUGAGCGCAAGCUUCCGUCUCAACGAUCGCUAUGUCCUCCAGACCUUUGGAAACCUCCUCCUGCAGCAGGCGGUCAAGGAGGAUUCCGGCGAGUACACCUGCAUCGCCACCAACACCUUGAAUACAGCCAACUCUUCCGCCUCCCUCAUUGUUUACCAAAGAACCGUAAUCUCCCAGAAGCCGACCAGCGUCCAGACCAUCCUGGGCGAGACCACCACCCUGAACUGCGUGGUCCAGCACGACUCUAGGGUCACUCCGACGGUCACCUGGAUGCAGGACGGUGGCGUGAUCAUACCCAACGGAAGGUUCAUCAUUCAGGAGUCCGGCUCCCUGGUCAUUCUCUCGACCGAUGCAAACGACAUGGGGCUGUACGUCUGCAAGGUUACGUCCAUCGCUGGGGAUGACCUCGGUAGCGCCAACCUGACAGUCUUACAGGUACCAUAUCAGCCCCAGGGAGUGACCGCAACCAAGAGCCAAGACCAGGACAGGACCAUCAUCGUUUCUUGGUUACCCGUCUUUGAUGGUAACUCAGCCCUCAUCAGGUACAUCUUGGAACAGAAGGAGGAUGAUUCCGCUUUUACCGAGGUGGAAGCAACCAUCAACCCUCUGCUGACACAGUUCCUUGUGACUGGUGUCAGACCGUCAAGGAGAUACCAGUACAGGCUCAGGGCACAGAAUGCCAUCGGGAUGAGCGAAAAGAGCGAAGCUAGCAAUGUAGUUCAUCUUCCAGAGGAACCACCUGAUCUACCUCCCCAGUCCCUGAGGGCCAGUGCUACGUCCACUUCCAGUAUCAUGGUGGAGUUUGGGGAGCCUCCCUAUGACAGUUGGAAUGGUCCCCUCCUCGGCUACAUCGUGCAGUGGCGCAUGGACGGCUACAACACCGCUUUCCAGUUCAACAACAUCACCAACUACCGGCAGACGUCGUACGAGAUCACCGGCCUCAUCACUUGGAAGAUCUACGAGAUCCAGGUCGCUGCCUACAACGGGGCUGGAGUUGGAGCAUUCACGAAUACCAUCGAUGUCAGGACCAACGAGGGAGUUCCAACUGCACCUCCCCAGGAGGUCGAUAUAGUAGUGACCAGCUCGACAUCUUUCAUGUAUAUAUUCAGCUCACCACCCGUCCAGUUUAUCAACGGCAUCAAUCAGGGUUACAAGCUGCUUGCCUGGGAGCCCGGGAUGGAGAGCAACCCCAUCACCGAGCUGGUCCCUCCGAACGUUGCCCAGAGUCGCUUCAUCGGUAACAUCACGACCCUGAAGAAGUUCACCGAGUACCAGGCUUCUGUCCUGUGCUACACCAACCCUGGCGACGGUGUCCCAAGUACACCUGUGACCUUGAUGACACAUGAAGAUGUUCCUGGCCCUGUGAGCAACCUUGGUCUAAACAAUGUGUAUGAUACAUCCGUGCAAGUAUCAUGGGAGCAACCACAGGAGGUCAAUGGAGCACUCAGUGGUUACAGUAUAAGCUGGCAGGAGCAUAACCGGACCUCCAAUAUCUACAACGCCAACCGAAAACCCAAUGAAACAAGUUACACCAUUACAGCGCUCACGCCAGAUACCACCUAUCUGAUCCAGGUCUGGGCUAAGACCAGUGUAGGUCCAGGACCCACCACAGACAUCAUCAUCAGUUCUGGAAUUCCACCAGAGCGCCCCCAACCACCUACCAACCUGAACGUCCCCGGCUCCACCAUCCAGUCACGCUCCGUCCAGCUCCACUUCACCCCCGGGUUAGACGGCAACGCUGGCAUUACCCUCUGGACCGUCCAGGGCCUUAUUGGUCAGUCUGACCGAUGGGAGACGGUCUUCGAGCUCUCUGACUCCAGCGCCAGGUCUGUCAAGGUCACGGGACUGGAUCCGUUCACAUACUAUCAGUUCAGGAUGAUCGCUACCAACGUGGCUGGUUCUAGCAAUGUCAGUGAACCCUCGGAGCAGAUCCAGACUGAUCAAGAUGUGCCAGCCAUCGCACCCAGAGAUGUCAGAGUACGAGCGUUCAAUGCCACUGCUUUGAGAGUCACAUGGAUGCCCCUUGAUGACACGGAAUGGAACGGCGUACCAGGGGGGUACCGCAUCUACUGGAAGCCGUAUGGUACCAACAUGCAGGAGAUGAUCUUUGACCUCGCUAGUCCGUACAUCAACAACCACGUCAUCGGUGGUUUGGAGGAGUGGAUGCCGUACGAUGUGAGGAUAGAGGCCUACAACGAGCAGCAUAGCGGACCGACCAGUGGAAUGGUUGCUGGCUGGACAAAUGAAGCAGUCCCCUCUGCUGGACCAUCCAAUAUCCAAGCCUUGCCCAUCUACUACUCGGAGAUCAUGGCAACAUGGGGUGAUGUACCUGCAAUUCAUCAAAAUGGAGAAAUACUGGGCUUCAAGGUAAUAUUCCGAGAGAAUGGAGGCAUUCUGAUGUACCUGGAUGUACCAGGCAACACUACUCGAGAGGCAACUAUAACUCACCUCAAGGGGUACACUGUCUACACCAUCACGGUGCUGGCGUACACCGUCGUCGGUGAUGGUGUUAUCGGUAACGAGGUACCCGUCAGGACGCAUGAGUGGUAUCCUGGUCCUCCUGGUGGCAUCACGUUCCCCACCGUCCAGGAGUCAUCUGUGACCAUCGCAUGGAAUGAACCCCUCCUUCCAAACGGUGUCGAUCUAACCUACAAGGUCGGCUACCGUCUCCAGGCCGCACCAGCCAAUACUCUCGUUGAAGAGAAUGUAGGGGGCAGCAGAGAGCAUACCGUGGCGGGACUAAUGCCUGAAGAGACGUACUAUUUUGAAGUGACGGCGAGUACGUUGACGGGAUUUGGCCAGCCGGCUUCAGCCCUGGUUAUAACUACUACAGAUAGAACCGCACCCGAAGCCCCCUCCAAACCCACGGUGGACCACAUCAAGAGCAGGCAGGUGCGGCUAUCAUGGACGCCUGGUAACAAUGGGAAUUCCCCUCUUCGUUAUUACAUCAUCGAUGUACGUGUGGAUUCGGGACCAUGGGCUCAGCACAGCACCACAGUGGACGCCUCCCAGGUCUCCUAUAUAGUCACAGGGUUAAAUCCACACACUUUGUACUAUUUCCGUCUGAAAGUGUACAACGAUAUUGGAGCCAGUCCAGAAAGUCCUACAUCAGAUCAGACCACAACUGAGCAAGACAUUCCUGAGGGUGUACCCACCAUCACAGGGGCGACGCCCAUCACAGUCACGUCCCUCCUGGUGACGUGGCAGCCACCCCUCCAGGCCCAGACCAACGGCCCACUCACCGGCUACAGCUUCCAGUUCAGGCAGUUACCCGGCGGCAGCUUCAUGGAAGAGACCAUUAACGAUGCGGAACUUACCGAGCACGAGCUCCUCAACCUGGUGAGGUAUCAGAACUACGAGGUGAAGCUGGCCGCCACCAACAGCAUAGGGCUGGGACCAUACAGCGCUCCUGUCUAUGUGUACAUCGGAGAAGCAGUUCCCUCUGAGCCUCCUUCAGCCGUCACCGUAGCAACCACCGGUUCGUCGGCAUUCCAGAUCUCAUGGGUACCGCCUUCUACCGAGUCACAGAACGGUGGUCUCCAAGGUUACAAGGUGCUGUAUUGGGAGAAUCACUCCCGCCAGGCACGGGCUACCAUAGUGCAGCAAACCAAGACCUUCCCUGCCUCUGCCACGGUGGCGACCCUCGAUGACCUGGACUGCUUCACAGAGUAUGGGAUCUCUGUCAAGGGUUUCAACGCAGCGGGUGAUGGCCCCGGGUCUCCUACAUCGUACAGCACUACCGGUGAAGAUGUUCCAAGCGAGGUGAGCAGUCUUCAGUUCAGCCAAGUAAGGAUGAGCUCUCUCAAGGUAUCAUGGGGACCUCCGACCUCGCCCUGUGGGACCGUCAUCCAGUACAAGCUCUUCUACCAACCUCAUGAGCCAAUCAAUGGUGAAAGGACAUCUGUGGUAGUCACACUGCCCAGUGAUCAAUACUCCUACGUUGCUAAGAGGCUUGGGGAGAGGGAACGAUACCUUUUUGAAGUCCAUGCGGAGACCGCUAGCUUUGAGGGACCACGGAGGGGCCAAAACAUCACAACUGGACCACAAGAAGGUGCUCCUGACUCACCAACGAAUGUUGAAUUGUCUCCCGGGUCAUCCUUCUUGACCGUUUCAUGGGAAGAGCCUGUGUUCCACGGCGACAAACCUCUCAUUGGAUACAUCAUACAAUCACAAGUAAAGGGUCAAGACACCUGGGAGAACGUCAACGACACCAUCGGCGCCAACCAAUCACAGUUCUCCAUUCCAUACAGCAGCCUUGACCCCGUCACGGUGUAUACCUUCCGGGUCAUGGCCGAGAGCGAGAUCAGUGUCAGCGAACCGGCCCCAAGUGAAGAGCUUAUGGUUCCAGCUGGAGGAACGAACGCAGCUCAGAAGAACUUUUACGAGGAGUGGUGGUUCUUGGUGAUUGUCGCCCUUGUCGGCACCAUCGUCAUCAUCCUGGUCGGAGCCACGCUAUGCAUGCUGGGAAGAAGCCGUUUAUAUGUCGAUAGGAAAGUUCAUAAAAGGAUGACACCCGAUGAGAGAGUGAACGGGACGGAAGACGGUGGAUUCACGUCGUUUGAGAUGGAUCCAGCGGACAGACGACCACCGAGGAAUGGAAGAUCAAAUGGUCGAAGCGCAGCAUAUGCCAGGACAAAUUCAUAUACAAGGCCCCCUCCAAGGCCCAGUCCAGGUAGCAUACAAUACUCUGAGGAGGAGGAGAGUAAACACUAUGAAGACGUCAGGAGAAGGAUGGCUGGCGAGGAGCCGGGAGAGAGCAGCAGUCUCACGGAGAAAAACGAUUUACAGUCACUCUCAGAGUCAUUAGCUAGUGAGAGUGACGUUGAAGUAGAUGGCGGGGGAGCCUAUGGGGGCGAUCCUCCCUCCUUCGUCAAUCACUAUGCCAGUCUUCCAGGCUCGCAAUCAUGGCGACGCCAGAAUCCACCGAGCGGUCCAAACAGUAAUGCAUACAGCUACACGGAUAGUGAACCGGAUCCCGUGCCCACCGUGGACGGAAGAACUGUAUACCUACAGAACAAUCUAGCCAAAAUGCAGCCCGGCUCACGGGCACCCGUACACGGCUUCUCGUCGUUCGUAUAACGCAAGCUGAGCCGUCACCGAUCGCCGUUUGCCUAGUUAGCGAGAACUAAGAGAUGAUUAUAUGAAUAUUUUCUUGACAUUGGUUUGUCAUCAUACGUCUUCUUGAAAUCGUGGGGUGUGAUGGAGCAACAUCUACACAAUGAAACUUCUAAUAUAGUUAUCAUCGAGGAUAAGCCGUGUGGAAAAUAUUGUCUUUUAAAUUUUAAUUGUGUCGUACUGACUAAACUUUUGUGUUUGAAACUGGAGUGCUUUAAUGAUAGAACAGAUGUGAAAUAUUCUUUCCAUCAAGGACUUUCUGUUUAUAUUCAACUGUCAUGUGGAAUUGAACUACUUGCGUAGCAUAUAUGAAUGAAAGAGAAAUAUAUUACCAAUACUUGAUUCUUAUACUGUACAAAUUGGAAAUGCCAUUCUUUGGUAGCAGGACCUCCGUGGAUAGCAAUACUACAAGAAAGGUGCUUCACCCUCGGUCAACAAAUCACAUCUAACAGAGUAACCGUAAAAUGGUUUGCAUCCCAUGUGAUUGUAGGGAGCUCAGGAUAGCAUCGACAGAAGGACUACCCCAGUGGCGAGGACAAUACCGGUACCGAAGACCCAGAGGUGAAAAUGCGGAGUGAAUGUGAUUUCUAACAUGGAAUGGUUAUUACAUCGUGUUCUUCUUCUUCUUCUUCUU